AUUAAUCUUCUUACUUUAUAAUUAAAUCUACGGAUAAAAUGGAAACAAUUAAAACUGAAUCAUCUUUAACUUAUCAACAAUUGUUGAAAAUUGUGUUGAUUGUGAAAACAAGAAAAUUUAAUUUAGGGAGAGUGAAUAUCAAACUAAUUUCAAUGAAUUAAGAUGAUAACCUAUCAUAGGUUAACCUUUUGCUACUCAUCAUCUUAUCUCAUCAUCAUCAUCAUCUUCUCUCUCUCUCUCUCUCUCUCUCUCUCUCUCUCUCUCUCUUUGAUUAUUCUCUCGAGGCAUAAAGAGUGAGAGAGAGGAAAAAAUUUUCAAACCUUGCGGAAGUAAAUCAGAAAGUUUUUUCUCUCGACCCCAACUACAACUACACUUCCCAAGAUUCACUUGUUCAUCAUCUUUAACCUCUCUCUCUCUCUCUCCCUCUCCCUCUUCUCAUGUUUCCCUUUUUCUCUCUCAUUCUUAUUCAGUGCUCACUUGAAUUUCUCUCUCUCUCUCUCUUUCUAAAUCUGGAAUCACUUUAAUCCAGUCUCUUUUACCUUCUUUCCACUUUACCUGUUGACUGAACACUCUGAUCAUCAACAUCAUCAUUUAGUUGAUUUUUUGUCUCUUUUUUGUUCUCUUUUAUUCUUCUGAUUUUGUGUCGCCGAUUACCAAUAAUUUUAAAUUACCAACACUCAUGGUUACAAUUAAUUGUGUUUAGUUAAAUUUCUACUCUUCUAAUAUCCUGUGUAUCGUUUAUAAAACUUUUCUCUGUGAUUUCCCUCUUAAAUUCUAUUUUCAAGUUUAAAUUAAAAGGCUAAUGUUCCCAGAGAAAUGGCUUUUUUUCAUCAACUACAAUUAUUAUUAAGACAUCGACUUCUUCUUCGUAGAAGACAAAUUUUUCACUUAGGAUUAGAAGUAUUUUGGCCUGCGAUCGUCUUUUUUACUGUGCUUAUAUUUAGACUUAAAUUUCCACCAGAAUCAAAUGAUUCAUGCUUUUAUCAUGCCAAGGGUUUACCUAGUGUUGGAGGAGUUAAUUUUUUUCAAUCUUUAAUCUGUACAAUUGAUAAUCCAUGUUUAAAUGAAUCGUCUUACUCAGAAGUACCAACGUUUCCAGGCUCAAGGAUUCACGAAUUGGUUGAACAUUUAUCACCACUUUUAACGGACACUUCGAUAACCAACAUUGUCCAUGAUUUACCUUCUGGAAUCAACUUACUUUCCACUCUAGUGGAUAAACUAUAUCACCCGGAAGUUCGUGGUAUUCUUGAAGAGGGUGGUUCCGUUGCAGACAAUUUUAUUCAAUUGAUUGGAGAUGAAAUAUUGACCAAUGCCGGACUUGAUAGAGCACAAAUACCAAGGAUUCUGGCCAGUUUACAAUCAGCGGCUUCAUCGAUGCCUCUUGUCAAUGAUUUUAUUAAUAAAUUUACGCUGACUCUGGAUCUUCAGGAAGAUACGAGUCAACUUGAUCUUAAAAGAGAUGGCAUUGAUCUUAUAGCAACUCCACAAGCAGCGAAAAUUAUUGGUAAAACAAUGUGUGGUCAAGCUCUUCCGCUUUUGACUGAUGAAUUUAGUCACUUAGAAGGACAGUCGGGCAAAGUUAAUUCAGUUAAUGAAGCCGAACUAAAAGCGUUACCAAGUGACUUUUGCCGUGAUGGCUAUCGUCAGAUUAUGAAACUUUCCACUGGACCAGUGAUUUGGGCCUGGUUGAAACCUUUGUUAGCAGGUAAAAUCCUCUAUAGUCCAGAAAAUACAGCAACUCGUGCCAUCAUGUCUCGAAUGAAUGGAACUUUUAGUGGAAUGUCAACACUAGUUCGAACUUUACAAGACUGGUCAUCUACUUUGGGUACACUAGAAAAAUUCUACAGUCAACCAGGAAUUAAUGAACGUCUAGUAGCAGUUGAACCUCUACUGGAGAAAAUUUUAGGCGGUAAGAUGUCAGGUUUUGUCCUAUCCUCAGAUUCCAACUCUAAGGGUCAAAUUGAAGCUCUAAUUAAUUCUGGAGGUAUUCUGAAAAUAGUUCAAUUAGUGAGUAAUAUUGCUCAAUGUUUCGAACUUGAAAGAUUCAUUGGUUAUCCCGAUGAAGUUGCCUUAGAGGAAGCAGCUCGUGUUUACACUUCGAGCCAUGAACUCAUCGCUGGAAUUGUUUUUCUCAAUGUGAAUGAUGAAAAUGUGCCUGAUAACUUGACAAUGGAUCUUGUUGUCGGUGAUGAGACAACCACAAUCACCAGUACUAAUCAACCUCCAUCCAUCAGGUUACCUAAAAAAAUUGAAUACAAAAUACGAGCAGAUAUUGACUUUGUACCAACCACCAAAGUUUUGAAAGAUCGUAUCUGGGAACCUGGUUCUAGAGACCAUUAUUCCAAACAUUUAGGCUAUUUCCGGGGAUUCGUUCAGGUUCAAGAAAUGAUUGACCGGGCAAUUACCUCAAUACAUAUUAACGCUAGUGACCUGACCUUUGCCCCACCAGUUUCCCUACAACAAUUCCCUUACUCUUGCUAUAAGAAAGAUAAAUUUGGUUUCUUUAUACUCGCCUUGACCCCGGUCAUUUCAACGGUUGCCUGGAUAUUUUUAAUUGCCUUUCUCAUCCGUGAUCUUGUUCUUGAACGAGAACUUAAUCUUGAAGAGUAUCUUCGCGUUACUGGUCUUAAAGCGUCCGUUGCAUGGGUAACCUGGUUUCUUCUUGGAUUCUCAGCAAUGAUCUUUGGCUCAAUUUGUGGACUAACAAUUUAUAAAAUGGCCAAUCUGAUUCCUCAUUCAAACAUGUUCAUACUCUAUCUUUAUUUUACUGCAUUCAGUUUCUCAGUUAUCAUGUAUUGCUACUUGAUAAGCUGUUUCUUCCGAACGGCAACAAUUGCAUCGCUUUCGGGUAUCGUUGUUUACCUGGCCACUUAUCUUCCCUUUAUGGUUGCUAUAACUCUUGAAAAUGAAAUGUCAUAUCUUAGUAAACUUGGUUCGUGUCUCAGUAUGUCUACCUCAUUUUGCUUCGGGAUAAUGUACUUGGCUCGUUAUGAGGCUCAAGGAAUCGGUAUUCAUUGGUCAAAUGUUUGGCAAUCACCAAUGUCCGAGGAUACGAUGAAUUUUGCAUCAUCUGGUUUAAUGAUGAUCUUUGAUGGUUGCAUAUACUUUUUAAUUGCUUGGUAUAUUUCAAAUGUUCAUCCACCGGGUCGAAAUGGUCAUCGUGAACCUUGGUACUUUUUCCUAUUACCAAGUUACUGGGGAUUAACUAAUAAGCGAUCAAAAAGUCGAGUUCUAACACCUAAUAUUCAAGCCAAUAUUCAUGCUUCUGGUGGACAGAAAAUGUACUCUCUUGAAAAAGGUUGUCACCAAAAGUCCGGAAUGGAGAUACACAAUUUAUUUGUUAUUUACAACAAAGGUUCAGCCCGUUCAGAGCAUCGAGCUGUUUCAAAUCUUAAUUUAGAGCUCAAAGAAGGACAAAUCACUACACUACUUGGUCGCAAUGGUGCGGGUAAAACGACCACUAUCAGCGUUCUAACAGGUCAACUUCGACCGACCUCUGGCUCGGUAUUUGUUUAUGGUUAUCCAGUUCCUGAUCAAUUUGAUGAAGCUCGAAAACUUUUAGGUUACUGUCCUCAAUACAAUGUUCUCUUCGAUAACAUUACAAUUCGUGAACAUUUGAAAUUUUUCGCCAGUCUUAAAGGUCUUCUACCUGAUGAUCAAAUUGAAGAUGAUAUCGAUGCAAUACUCCAUUCAACUGGCCUUUGGAAUAUGCAACAUGAACUAGCCCGUAAUCUGUCUGGUGGACUUGCUCGUCGUCUUUGUGUUGCAUUAGCGUUUGUCGGUGGUUCCAAGUUAAUCAUUCUUGAUGAGCCAACAGCAAGUGUUGAUCCAGUUGCUCGUCGUUCCAUUUGGGAUUUAAUUGUGAAACAAAAAUCUAGUCGAACAGUUUUACUUACAACUCAUCAUUUAGAUGAAGCUGAUAUUUUAAGUGACCAAGUUUCAGUUAUUCAUCGAGGUAAAUUACUCUGUUCAGGAUCACCUUUACUUUUACGUUCAAAGUAUGGAUGUGGUUAUCAGUUGACAGUUUCUCGGCAAAGUUUAAGAUCAGAGGAUAAGGAAUCUAAUGACAGUGAUUCAGGUCGAGCUUCCAAUGAACCACCUCAUGGUGUAGAUGUUGAAACAUCGAGUGACUCGGAUAGAUUAUUAGCUUUCAUCAAAUGUCUAAUACCAAAUGCGAGCUUGAUUGAAGAUCAUAAUUCAAGUGAGGUUAUUUUGGCUCUACCAAGAACCGGACCCGAUGGUAGUGUUCAUGAUUAUGCUACAUUUUUCCGUUGUUUGGAUGCUAAUAUUCAUAAUCUUGGUUUUGGUUCCUAUGGAUUAACAUCAACUACCCUGGAAGAAGUUUUUCUAACUCUUUGUAAUUCCGAAGAAAGUGGUAUUCCUAUCAAAGAAUCAAACAAAUUAGCUUUAUCUCGUAAAUUAAGUAAUCAGAAUCAAAAAUCUGGUAAAUCACUUCCUUCAUCUGAUCCACAUAUGCUGAAUUCAAAUCAUGAUAUGAGCUUACAUCUUGAUUCAACCUUCAAAGAAUUCAACUUGACUUCAGCUAUGGUAGUUAACGGUUUCCCUCUUAAAAUGAUGCAACUCUGGGCACUUCUCUCAAAGCGAGCAGUUCACACUAUGAACGAUUGGAAAUCUUUAUUUUGUAACCUCGCUUUACCAUGUAUCUUCAUAGCUUUAGCCAUGGGUAUGACAUGUAUUAAACCUCAAUUCGCUCCUGAUCCAAUAUUGCCCAUUCAUCCUGCAGUCUAUGGACCAUCAACAACCUCAUUUUAUCAUUUACCCGAAGACUCAAUAAACUCGGGUGAUAUAUUUGAUCAGAUUGUUCAUCAAAUUACAGACUCGAGAAUCCGUCGCUCAUUCACAUGUCCCAAACCUCGCAAUGGUUGGAAAGUUUCCAAAUGUCCAAUCGUUCGUGGUAAACCUUCACUUCCUUCGUUAUUAUCUAGUGGACAGAUAACUGUUCGAGAUGAAGUUUGUAAAUGUAACUCAACCUGUUCAACUGAUUCAACGUCAUCAAAACCAAUCACUGGAUUAAUAAAUUAUGAUAACAUUGAAGCUCCAAUUGAAACAGAAAUUGGAUUCAUUUAUAAUUUAACAUCACUCAGUUUAUCACCUAACCAACCAUACCGAUCAGUUGAACAUUAUUUGAUAAAUACGUUCCCAUCGUUCAAUGAUUAUCGCUACGGAGGUUUCACCUUUCAUCACAAGUCCAAAACCAACAGUAAAGUUAACAAAACCAUUAGAAAUGGAUCAAUGAUUAAAGUUUGGUUUGACAAUAAUGGUUUUCAUGCUUUGACAUCUUAUCUUAAUACUCUUGACAAUGCAAUCAUGCGUGCGAACCUUGAAGCUCAUGGAUUACCUUCAGAGGAAUACUCAAUUACCACAUAUUCUCAUCCAUUCCAUUUACGCUCAGCUCAAUUAGGUGACCAAUCGUUGAUGCAACGUGCCGGCGAUGCUGGAAUAGCGCUCAUCAUUUUGGUUGGUUUUGUUUUUAUUCCAACGUCUUUUGUUUUUUAUAUUGUUCGUGAAAGAACAGCUGAAGAGAAACAAUUGCAAAAAAUUUUCGGAGUUGGACCAGUUCUCUAUUGGUCAGCGGCCAUUAUCUGGGACUCUCUAUCCAUCAUAGUCUCUGGAUUACUUUGCAGUUUGAUAAUUUACUCUUUCCAAAUACCCAUUUACACGGCUCGUCUCAAUUUACCUGCAAUUUUGGUAUUACUUUUACUUUUUGGAUGGGCAAUGACCUCAUUGGUUUACCUGAUGGAAAAACUUUUCUCUGAAUCUUCAAUUGCGUUCAUGGUUAUUUAUUGUAUUGCACUUUUUAUUGGAAUCAACACUAUGGUCAUGAGAUUAUUAAUCGAUGUUUUCCAACUUCUUGAGGUCACUUCUUAUUGGAGAGACACUUUUAAUUCAUUUGUUCUCAUCUUUCCACCUUACGCACUGAUGUCGGGUCUUGUUGAUAUAACCAAGAAUCAACUUUUCGCUGAGAUUUAUACUCUUUUUGGUCAAGAUGCUUAUGUUAAUCCAUUUUCAAUGGAAAUGUUAGGCAAACAUUAUAUCUACUUGGCUUCUGAAGGAGCAAUUCUAUUCACAAUUAACCUAAUACUUGAAAUAAUUGCCAAUUCAUCCUUCUUUAACUGGAUUCGUUCUCCCAAAUCAUCACUACCCGCCUCAUCCACCUCACUUUCAUCAUCCUCAUCAUCAUCAUCUUCAGUAUCUGCCUCAUCUGCUCAACAAUCAAAUACAACAGGAACAACACUCACAACCUCAUCAUCUUCAUCAACAUCCUCAUCAUCAACACUAAAUGGUCAAAAUUAUCCUAAUGAAGACUGUGAUGUAGCUGAAGAAUGUCGACGUGUUACUCGUACUGAUGGUUCACUUUUCGAUAUCCUUCGAGUAAUUGAAGUUACCAAAGUAUUUAAAUCAAUGUUUGGUACUCGAUUAGCUGUUAACAAUAUUUCAUUUGGUGUUCCAAGAGGCGAAUGUUUUGGUCUACUUGGUGUUAAUGGAGCAGGUAAAACAACGUUAUUCAAAAUGUUAACAGGUACCAUUCAGCCAACCUCAGGAGCAACAUAUAUAAACAAUAAGAGUAUCGCAGCAACUUUAAAAAGUAACCUUCGAACCCUUGGUUAUUGUCCACAAUCAGAUGCUCUGGACAUGGUGUUAACCCCAAGACAACAUUUAAUAAUCUAUGCUCGUCUCCGAGGAAUCCCAUAUCUACAUCGAUCCCACCUAGUAGCAGAAUCAUUGGCCAAAUUUCAGUUAACCAGUCACGCUGAUAUGCCAGUAUCGGCACUUUCUCGAGGUACUCGACGAAAACUUUGCUUAGCAUUAGCCAUGUUGGGUAAUCCAUCGCUUGUUCUCCUCGAUGAGCCAACCAGUGGAAUGGAUCCAAUGAGUAGACGAUGCCUAUGGCAGAAUAUUCAAGAUGCCAUAAAAGAGAGAAGAUCAAUUCUAUUAACUUCCCAUUCAAUGGAAGAAUGUGAUAUACUUUGCUCUCGUCUGGCGAUCAUGGUAAACGGAAGAUUCCGUUGUAUUGGUAGUCCCCAAUAUCUAAAACACAAAUUUGGAACGGGUUACACGAUAACACUUCGAAUCAAUGAAACUUAUUCAAACUGGACCGAUGCAGUUAAUUACAUGAAACAAAGUUUCCCAACAAUUAUAUUACGAGCUCAUCAUCACAACAUGUUAGAAUUCAGUUUACCAACAAACGAUAUCUUAUUAUCAGAUAUUUUCGCUGCUCUUCAAUCAGCCAUUUCUAGACUUCAUUUGCAAGAUUUUGCAGUUACACAAACAACACUUGACCAGGUAUUUGUUAGCUUCGCCAAUCAACAAGUUAACGACUUUCAUCAUAAUCAUUCACCAUCAUCAUCAACUUCACCACCAUUAACAACAACAGCAACAAUUACACCAACUCAACCAUCAACACAAAUGCCUUCAUCUGUUGCAAAUAAUCAUCAUUUUGUCCAAUCUAGUUUCAACAAUACAAUUCAUCAAAUUAAUAAACAACAACAACACAAUAACCACCAAAAUCCUGCCAGCCAUCAUCCAGUGAUAACAUAUCAUUCCCCAAAUAAAUCAUCAUCAUCAUCAUCAACAACACCAUCAUCAUAUCAUUUUUCAUCAUACACUCAUCCCCACCAUUUACCAAACAACUCUCAUUAUCAUCUUACCAAAAAAUUGGCUUUAUACUCAUCACCAUAUCCACCAUCUCAUCAUCUUCAUCAUCACCAAUCCACAUUAAAACCAAUGUAUCACCAUUGAUUAUUUUAAUAGGAAUCGAACAACAAAAUCAAAUUUAAAAUUUUUAGCUCUGACAAUUAAGAAACAAAAAAAAAGUUAUUAUCACAAACGUACAUUUAUUUGACCAUUGUAAUUAAUUAUCGACCUGAACAAAAAAAACAAAGAUCAAUAUUAAACUAAAGUUAUUUGUAUAAAUUUUCUCACAUGAAA